CCCUGCCCAGCCUCGCCUGAUCUCACCUUGUUUAGAGUGUGUGUGUGUUGGGGAGAGUGUGAGUGAGUGUGCGUUGCCCUCCCGAGUCGCGCAUGGCGGCCCCGCACUCUGCCAAUUUGCACAUCGUCAAGCGUGCGAGGUUCUUUCCUACGGAGGGCGUGCCCUUACAGCGUUUCCUCGUCUCCUUCUGGUGAAAAAUUCCGGGACCAAUUUUGAGAACUAUCACUAAAUUUUGGCUUGGCGGCGUGUUUGGGAAGAAGAUUUAUGGAUAGCUAAAGAGGUUCGAUCAGCCCAGAGUGAAAAUUCAAGAUGGGAAAUUCUCGAUCGGUCAGUGUGAGUGGAAAUGGGGCCGAACAUAAUGGGGGACAGCUUUUUGUGUCCCUCAAAUUACACAAAUCUGAUGGUCAACCCCUGCCUUUUAAUGCUGUUCCUCAUAUCACAGGUUCAUUGCCCAUUGUGGGUCUAUGGGAUCCUGCCAAGGCUACAGCUAUGGAGGGGGAAUCGUCAACGGUUUGGGAACUAAGUUUCGUUGUGCCCUCUGAUCACGAUACUCUAGAGUUCAAAUUCGUUUUGAAGCCAACAGACAAAGAAUGUGAGGGCGUCUUUGAGGAGGGCCCAAACCGGAUUUUGAAAGCAGGUGUUAUGUCCGGAGGUCCAGGGCCAAUCGCCAAAUUCAUCCUUCCAAAGGAAUACGGCGUGCAGAUGCUCGAAUUACCUGUUAGUGUCGCCACAGAUCCGGUUUCUCCAUUUGCACUUGCAGCCAGCUGGCGGGCACUAAAAAAAAACAUUAAGCCAUAUGGAACCAGGGUUCUAGGCAUUCCUGAUGUAUCACUUGACCAGGCUAACUCUUCACCAACUCCGACUGAUCAAAGUGCGCAACACGCGCUUGAGUUAGAUAUAGAACAUUAUGAAGUUCCUCCUCCAGGCAGUGUCUUCAAGCACAGUGUAUAUGCUGCUGAUGCAACAGAGUUUCCGCGAGGGAGCUUAGAACGUUCAACUUCUGUUCCGGAGCCGUUCUACGGAGAAAGUCGCAAGUACAAGCUGCGACAGGGUAAUGCCAACCUACUUUCUAAGAAGGAGAAUAACACUGACCGAACCGUCUCCGUAAAGGACCUGGUGGCACAUGGAGAUUCUGAAUCUGUAUCUGUGCAAGCAACGAUACCUGAGGGUGUUGGAGCUCUAGAAGAUUUGAAGUCAUCACCAAAGUCUGUUCCGAGUAAUUCACCAAGGAUCAUUGAGAUAGGUAGCGACAUGAGCCAGAUUGAAGCACAGCUAAAUGAGGACGCUGAAACAGAGGAAUCAGGGAGAUCUAAAAGUAUGCCUGAAGCAGCUGGGGCUGUUGCGGCAGCUGCAGUGGCAGAUCGGCUUUUGGGAGCAAAAGAGCGGCGCCAGCUUGCGAUCGUCCUGGUUGGGUUGCCGGCGCGUGGAAAGACUUUCACUGCAGCUAAGCUGACCCGAUAUUUGCGAUGGCUAGGUCAUGAUACCAAGCACUUUAAUGUCGGCAAGUACCGGCGGCUGCAGCUUGGUUGUAAUCAGAGUGCAGACUUCUUUCGAGGUGAUAAUCAAGAGGGUAUUGAUGCCCGAAAUGAGGUGGCUGCUUUAGCAAUGGAAGAUAUGCUUGCCUGGAUGGAAGAAGGUGGUCAGGUGGGCGUGUUUGACGCUACGAACAGCACAAAUGCACGUCGAAACAUGCUUAUGAAGUUGGCAGAAGGAAAAUGCAAAAUAAUCUUCUUGGAGACUAUAUGCAAUGAUCGGGCAAUGAUUGAUACCAACAUUGAGUUGAAGAUCCAACAGAGUCCCGAUUAUGCAGAUAUGACUGAUUAUGAAGUCGCUCUUCAAGAUUUCAAAGCUCGUCUCAGCAACUAUGAGAAGAUGUAUGAGCCAGUAACUGAGGGUUCCUACAUAAAGAUGAUCGACAUGGUCAGUGGGAGAGGAAAAAUGGAGGUGAACAGCAUCAGCGGUUACCUUCCUGGUCGCAUUGUAUUUUUCCUGGUAAACACACAUAUUACAGCCAGGCCAAUUCUAUUGACUCGGCAUGGUGAAAGCCAGGACAAUGUUAGGGGGCGUCUUGGUGGUGACCCUCCACUCAGCGAAGCAGGAGAGAAAUAUUCUCUUAAGUUAGCAGAUUUUGUGCACAAGCGACUGAAAAAUGAGCGCACGGCAUCUAUUUGGACCAGUACUUUGCAAAGGACUUUAUUGACAGCACGUCACAUCGUUGGUUUUCCGAAGGUGCAAUGGCGAGCAUUGGAUGAGAUCAAUUCUGGUGUUUGUGAUGGUAUGACAUAUCUAGAAGUCAAAGAAACCAUGCCUGAAGACUACUUGGCUCGGAAGCAAGAUAAACUACGAUAUAGAUACCCGCGAGGGGAGUCUUAUUUGGAUGUCAUACAAAGGUUAGAGCCAGUGAUUAUUGAACUUGAGAGACAGCGUUCGCCUGUAGUUGUCAUUGCGCAUCAAGCAAUUCUACGCUCUCUAUAUGCGUACUUUGCAGACAAACCUCUGAAAGAGGUACCGCAUAUUGAGAUGCCACUGCAUACUAUUAUUGAGAUUCAAAUGGGAGUUACUGGUGUUCAGGAGAAGCGAUACAAGCUCAUGGAGACCCAGAGCACCAAAUACGGUGAAUUCCCAUGAGUAUGGCAGUCCUAAGCAGUUUUCUCUAGCAAUUUACGACUCCAACGACGAGCUUUCAAACAAGCCAUGUAGUUUUGAGGACCAUAGGAAAUGCUUGAUAAACUUAAUGAAAUCACAGCAACCUGCUAUUCGAAUUUUAUUUUGUGCAGUAAUUACAUAGGAAAUCAUUUCAUUACUGAACUUGAUUUUACAUCAUGGCUUUCUAUAUUCUAGUAUUUACUUUGCGUGCACUCCGCACUAUUUCGUGGGAUAGAAUCAGUAUUCUUUUGUAUCAUUAUUCUAGAAAUUUAAGUAAUGCAAAACAUGCGUUUAAAUUUGGAACCCA